AUGCAGUCGUAUGCCCGUCGUCUAGACUGCAACCGAUACUCAGCGACUUGGCACAAAGAGCGGAAACUCGUGCUCUCGCCUUCCAUCUUUGUCAAGCCCAAGACAAAGGGAUACGCGAGUCAAGCACCUCGGGUAACGCGGCAGCGCUGGUGCGCGGCGGCGCGGCGCGGCCUCGACGGUGUCGCCCCUAGCGGCGAGCGAGCAAAAAGUCGCGAACGGACCGCGCCGGCGUUGUCGUCUGCGCGCGCUGUCCACCGCUCGCUCGGCGAGGAGCAGCGCCGUCAAGAUGGCUGCGACGUCGUCUCCGGCGGCGUCUCGCGCUCGGACUUCGAGGCCGUGUGGGCCGCCGCUGACAACUGGGAUGCCGUGAGCCCGGGGCGCCUGCGGUAUUGGGGUGCCGCGCGCGCGAUCCGGGACGCCGGGGGCCCCCGGUGUUCGCCCCUGAUGCAAGCCAAAAAGCGCUACCUGUUCCUCUUACUGGCUGCUUGCGUUUCGGCCCUGCUGGUUCUGUGCUACCGACACCUCGUACUCAGCGCCCAUGGACGACGCGAGACGUACGGGAGCGGCUCCCUGCGACCGUACGCGGAUGGCGGCGACGUCGAGGACCUGUCGGUGUCGCGGCGGCGCCUGCGCGAGGCUCUCCGCGGCAGCAGCGGGACCUCGACGGACUCCGCUACUUCGCCGCCGGACGCCCGCCGCUGCCGCAUGCACUCGUGUUUUGACUUCUCUCGGUGUCGCGGCCGCGAGUUCAAGGUGUACGUCUAUCCCUCGGAGUCGGACGCGCCGCCCGCGUCGGCGGUCUACCAGCGAAUCCUGAGGGUGAUCCGCCAGUCUAGCUACGCGACCACGGACGCCUCGGAAGCGUGUGUGUUUGUGCCAGCUGUGGAUACGCUCGAUCGCGAUCCGCUCAGUCCCGACUACGCGCGGACGGCCCGCCUGACCGAUUCUCCGCUCUGGAAUGGCGGUCAGAACCACCUGAUCUUCAACCUCUUCUCGGGCACCUGGCCCGACUACAGCGAAGAGCUCGGGCUCGACAUCGGGCUCGCGAUGCUCGCCAAGAGCAGCAUCCCGGAGUCGGCGUUCCGGCCGGGCUUCGACAUCGCGCUGCCGCUGUUCCCGAGGGCUCACCCGGAGCGCGGUGGCAAGCCGGCCAUCCAGGGCGCGGGUCCCGUCGACAAAGGCUACUUGCUGGUGUUCAAAGGCAAGCGUUACGUCUACGGCAUAGGCUCGGACACGCGCAACGCGCUGCACCACCUGAACAACGGCCGAGACGUGCUCUUGCUCACUACCUGCCGACACGGGAAGCAGUGGAUGGAGCGACGCGACGAACGCUGCGAGGCAGACAACCGCCUUUACGACAGGUACGACUACGGCUCGCUGAUGGAGAACGCCACGUUCUGCCUGGUCCCCCGGGGCCGUCGGCUGGGCUCCUUCCGCUUCCUGGAGUCCCUGCAGGCGGGCUGCGUGCCCGUGCUGCUGGCCAACGGCUGGGAGCUGCCCUUCGGCGAGUCGCUGCGCUGGGAAGGGGCCGCGCUGCGCGCCGACGAGCGGCUGCUGCUGCAGGUGCCCGACACCCUGCGCUCGAUGCCCCGGCGCCGGGUUCACGCCAUGCGGCAGCGCAGCCAGCUCCUCUGGGAGACGUACUUCUCGUCGGUGGACAAGAUCGUGCUCACCGUGCUCCAGAUCGUGCGCGAACGGGUCCGCGGCUGGGAGUCGCACCACGGCGUCGUGUGGAACAGCCACCCGGGCGCGCUGCUGACGCUGCGUCGGUUCGCGGACACCCUGAGGCCGCUGCCUUUCCACCGGCACCACCACCGCAGCAGUGGCGGCGGCGCCGCGGACGAGCAGGGUGGCCGGUACACGGCCGUCGUCUACUCCGCCAUGCCCAGCGCGCAGCCGCUACAGAGGCUGCUCAAGAGCCUGCUCCGCUCCGCCUGCCUCGCCAAGGUGCUGGUCAUAUGGGGUGGUGAGUCGCCGGCCCCUGUGGUGGCCAAACUUCUUCAGGGCGUUGGCCUGUCUCCUGGCAGCAGCAGAGCCCCCGUGCACGUGGUGGUCCCACCGCAGAGGGCCAUCAGUUCUCGCUUUGCACCCCACCCUCUCAUCACCACCGACGCUGUUCUUGCCCUGGACGAGGAUGUCAUGCUCACUGCUGAAGAGAUGGACUUUGGGUUCCGGGUGUGGCAGUCAUUUCCAGAGCGCAUUGUGGGCUACCCGGCUCGCUCGCAUUACUGGGAUGAUGCUAAGGCUGCCUGGGGCUACAGCUCUAAGUGGACCAAUGAGUACUCCAUGGUGCUCACAGGUGCUGCCUUCUACCACAGGUACUACCAUGAGAUGUACACCUCGUGGCUGCCGGAGAGCCUGAGACAGACGGUGGAUGCUGCCCACAACUGUGAGGACAUCCUCAUGAACUUUCUUGUGAGCCAAGUGACCCGGUUGCCACCCAUCAAGGUGACACAGCGCAAGCAGUACCGGGACACCGGGCAGGGCUAUCCGUCACCAUGGAACGACCCGGACCACUUUGUGCAGCGCCAGGCAUGCAUCAAUGCUUUUGCCACCUACUGGGGACACAUGCCGUUGGUGCGCUCUUCACUGAGGCUGGACCCUGUGCUGUUCCGGGACCCUGUGUCAAACCUGCGCAAGCGGUACCGCCGCAUCGACCGCGUCGUUGGUGCUGGCCGGAGCUGAGAAUGAAGCCGUCCCUUUUAGCACCAAGGAUUUUGUGUGCCCGAUGUCGUUGAGCACGUUUGUGGGAGAAGACUCGAGUCAUGUCGCGUGAAGAAAGAAAGAAUGACACAACGUUAUGUCGUUCUAGUUCCAAUUUUUUUUUUUUUUCCUUCAUCAUCGAUGUCAUGAAGUUCAUCCCCAUUGGUCAUAGGAACAGUGGGUGCUUCUAGUCCACAUUUAGCCUUCUAUCACUGAACAACUGUGUGCUUGCUGUAUUCUGUUUUGUUGGCAGAAUCACCUAGAAGACUCAAGUUCAGGUUCUUGCAAAAUAGUGUCGAUCCGUAUUAUCGUACUUUGCAACUGCACCAAUCAGAAACAGGCCCUGGCAGAUAUUCUGGCUGCUAUCGCAUGACCUGCAGGAGGAGAUUCCAUCUGCAACAGGCAUUUUAUUGACAUAUGAGGAAAGAAUUUGAUGUUGUUUCCUUUGCAGACACAGCACAUCGUAAUGCUGGGACUUUCUUACAGGUACUGUCUGUUGCAAAAGUUUUCAGGCCAAAGCACUCGCCACUGGAUUGGACUUGAAGCAUUAUGGCACCAGUACGGUGGCUGGCACUGUAGGAGCCAUGGAAGCCAAAGAGUGGUGUUCUCGAGCAAUUACUUUCGAGGACACGAUCACUACCAUGAGUUUUCGCGUGGCUCGGGUCCAGCUACAUCAAAGUAUAUGGCUGACGGCAUUCCUGGCACUGUGCCGAGCUGGCUAUAUUAGGUGCCAAAUCACGUGAAAUCUCACAAAAGUCACCGUAUCCCUGAUAGUGAUUGCUCGAGAAUACCACCCCCAGAUGUCUCCAUAGUAUGCUAGAUCUCAGCACCAGCAACCAUAGCACCAGUCUGUUAAUGCACUGCUUUACUUGUGAACUUUUGCGAUAAAUAGUACCUCACGCUUUCAUUCUAUGCCAUCUUAUGACAUUUUCUUUUGUUUGGUCCUACAUUUUCAUCACCCAGAAAUGGGGAAGCGUGUGAAAUUGCAUAGGCGAUCCUGCCAAUCUGCAGUGCAGUGCAGUCUUUGUUGCAUUUAUUUGCCCUCCGUAUAGCAUUUUCUUUUAAAACGAGCAACAACAGUUUGCUUUUCAUGCGAUAGUGGGAAUGUUGUUUUCUUUGUUUUGGUUUUCUUGCUUGCAUUGCAGACGUUUUCUUCCUCUUGAUCUGCAGUCAUAUUGACAUGGGCCUUGCCUUUUUGAUACUGGGUUUAUAAACAGCUUUAGUGUAGCACAUUGAAUGAACUUGGUAAGUGCAUACAGCACUGCAUUAGCUUCCGGCAAGCUUUUCUCUCUUUUGUUGUGAUACAUGCUUAUUUGUUUACUUAAUUUCAUUUAUCAUACAGGGUUAUCCUUUGUCCUGCGCUUGCAUCACAGAUGUGAGGGUACUGUUUUUUGUGACACGCAUUAUUCCAGGUUCACUGUGACGAUGCACUUGUGUGUACAUUCGUGCUUAUGCAUGUGCCCUUGUGGGUUGGUAGUGCUGCUUUUUUACGCCCUCGGAGCUUGCACAGGGGCCAGAACAACUGACCUUGCUGUAGACUCAGACGUGGUUGGCACGUGUGAUCUUCAGAAUGCUCAUGCUUGAAAUGCUCCUAGAUGGUCUCUCUGACUGCCUAGAACAACGAAGUUGCAUACGAAAACUUUACUAUUGGGCUCUGAGAAGACCACAACAAUGAGAACUAUCGGCAAAACCUUUUUUUUUUAAUCGUUAGCCCAGAAAUGCUUUCUUUGAGAGAUCAGUUCACAGCAGCACAUAUUAGUUGCUGUUCUCAGCAUCACUUUUGAUGCACUGAUCGAGAAGUUUUCCGUGCCAAUUACACUUACAUUCACUUUACGCCUAAAAGUGUCGAAGUUUCCAGUCUCCUUUCUCUCCCUUCCCCCCUUUUUUUUCUUUUUCUGGCCUCACAGCCAAAGAAGGUUACUGCAUCAGUUCCUGCCCUAAAUUUCAUUGGCAUGUGAUGUAAAGGAAGGGGAACACCUUACUGUUCCUAAUUAUUUCUACCAUAAAUAUUCAUGAUGGUUUUUAACGUUGUUAGCAUUAAAAUAUCACAAGCUUGUGCCUAAUUUGAAUGUCAAGCUUGGAAGAGUCAUUUUGGGCAGUGUUUCUACUUGGAAAAAGGAGGGGCUGCGGCAGGAAAGGAAAUGAAGUCUAUCGGGGCAAAGUUUUUGGUGCAGUGGUCCCUUUAAGUCUGCUUCUUCUUCUUCCCUUGUUCUUUUUAACAUUAAUCAAGCACCGUGCUAAUCUGGGUAGUUUGCCCUUGCAGUUUGACGUGCUGCGUGCAGUAUCACUUGGAAACGGUUUCAUCAGCAGGGCUUUUUUUUUUUUCAUGAGUGCUCGUGUACUGCCUGAUGCGCUUGACAUUUAAUCGCUUCAGUGCCGGCCCAAAUGAAGUAGGCCAUUGCUAGCAUGGUCGGCGUUGAAUUCUUUUUUGUGCCAACUACGAACACAGCUGUAGCGUUUGCUUUGCCUGUUUGCCAUAACUUGUAAUUCCUAUCAAGUCCAUAUUAGAAGGGAGUGUUAUUUGCUCUGUACGUUUUGUUUUUACAACUUGUUCUGCUGCUCGUUGGUCGAGUUGGUUUUGCAGAUGCCAGCUGGUCAUAUCAGCUGGAGAUGCGGAUGUCAUUCUUGCUUCCUCCCGCCCAUGCAAAAUGGGUGGAUCACAUUGUUUUACCUGCACUAGAACCAUUCUCGUUUAGUGUGAUUGUGCGUCACCGCCGACUCAUCUACUUAAUCUUCAUCAUAUGGAGGCAUGCACCUAGAGGAAGGCUUAGUGGAGUAUGGUUUUAUGAAUAACAGUAGCAGCCGCAGCAAUCAUGCGCUAGUGGUCCUUUGAGCUCCCUCAUAAACUCGGCCACAGUUCUGCAGAUGGCAUGUAACCAUGCACUGAAGCAAUAUGCAGCCAGUCUUUCGCGCCAUCACUGGAUGUGCUGGCUUUUGUAGCAGCACAACCAGUGAUGCAAAAAGGUGCAACUCAUGGCACCUUUUUCUUGGGGCCUGCUGGCACAUAGUGUCAGGUACUGGGGCAAGGUAAUCUGCUCAAGCUGCAACUGGACUCGGUACUAGGCCCUGGUACCGAGCUGUAAAAGAAACCAAACUGAGUACUGACGGUAUCCCGCAGGGAAACGACAAAUAAACGUAUAAAAGGCCUAUGUAGUACACCACCUGUAAUUUGUAUUUGUCCUCCACUGCAUACAUCAUAAAUUCGAAGACAUUAAAGAUAGCAGCGCUGUUAGCCGGUGAAACAAGAAAAAUGGCGCAUAGUAUGGUAAAAAAAAAAUUCUGCAAAUUAUAGGCGUGGGGAGCUGAGUAGCAAAAUGGCAUAUUUGUGAGCAUUCAAUACAAGCAAAGGUUUUGGAUCCUGUCAUCGUUCUGGCUCCAUGAUACACCAUGUCAUUACACGUGGGAGCAUCCUACCUUGAAAAGGUGCCUUAAACAUCCCCAGGCAACCAAUUUCGCUCUUCAUCUAAGGUCUGGGUAUGUAGUACACUCUUCUAUCACCUGUUCCAAGCAAUCAACAAGUUAUGUGAGCAUAUGGACAUUCCAACAUUGACUUAGAUUUAAGAGUUCACAAGAAUAGCUCUAUUGCACAUUGAACAAGAGCCUGUAGAACUGUUAGCCAUUCAAAGCUUAGUCACCAAAGUGAUAGGCAGAGCUCUAAAUUCUGUUUAUAGGAAUGGAAUUGAAAUAAAGCAGCCAUAUACACUUGAAUUUUUCUUUUUUUUUUCACUAGUGUGUAUUACAAUCAGCAGCGUGUGCUGACUCUCAUGGCUUUGCUUUCAUGUCCCUUAGGCACAAAUACUUGACAAAUAAUGCAAUAAUUAAGGUACAUGAGGAACGGCAGUGCAUUCUGAAUACAGGAAUGUGUUUUCUGUGGCAUCUAUGUGUCCAGAUUAUGCUUCCUUGCUGGGCGCUCUUGUUUUAUGUUGUGUAGCUGACAAUGAACUUAAUCCUUUCCAUGUCUUGCAGAUGCUUUACUACUUUCAGUUGUUAAACAAGCAGGCUAGUCAAAGACUGGUUUAACAAAUGUUUUUGGUUAAACGCAUGCACACAUGCUCACAAGAAGAAAAAAAAAAACAGGAUCAGGAAGCUGAUGGCCUAGUUCAAGGUAAAAUACACAUUAAUUAUUAGCUGCCUCUGUUCACUGCCAAAAAGUUAGGGCAUAAAUAUUCUUCAUAUAUCCAUUGUGACAUGAAAGACAAAAUGUGUGCAAUACCUGUCAUAUUGGAGAAUUAUGCUUGAACUCGCUUUUGUAAUUUUCUCGAGGUACAGAAAGAAAACAAAAAGGGGGGGGGGAGAAUGCUCCCGUCCACACCAGGCCAAUGUCACGACAAUCUGUUGUCUGCCCACAACAAUGAAAUGCUCUCAAGCUAUGUUCAAUUUGCGGCAUUUUUUGGCCAGACAGCUGUCCGGCCAACCUUGUUUGUUGCCGCUUUUUCUACUGCCCUGUGAAACAUACUCUCAUUGCUGUGCUCAUGUGCUUCUACUCUGCCUGGCUGGUCAGCGGUUCUCGCAAGGGUGCCCAGAAGCCAGACGAGCGCAUUGAGUAAUUGUGCCAGUCCCCUGACCCGGUACGAGUGCAGUGUUGCAGUUUUUAUACAUCACUAUAUCUUCCACUCGAGAAGGAAACGUUUCCAUUUUGGCACCUUCGACAAGGUUGUCAGCUUUCGACUUCAUUUUUAUUAGCCCAGAACCAGUGCUACGGAUGGUACUACAAGCCUUUCUGAUUACGUAGUGAUAAAACAGGCAAAUGUGCAUUGAAGAGUGCUGUGUUAACUCCUGUGUCUUCUUAUUUGAUUCAGUUUACUUGAAACAGCAUGGUAAACCUUACCUGCUUUCUUUUGUAUUUCUUCUUGGCUGUCGCGACGAAUGCUUCUUGCCCUUUACUCGCGUACUGUAACUGUUCUUGUGUUUCUGCGGGACUUCUACGGUUUAGAGACAAUCUAAGGAAACACCUUGGGCUUUCAGCACCCGUUGUCUUGCGUAAUGCGAGGCGGGUGCCCCUGCAAAUAUUUACAAGUGCAGAUACCGAGUAGCCAUUGUAGUCGCAUUUCACGCUGUAGUUUCCCUCGUGAAAUAUUUGCCGCCCUUACUUCUGUUUUUUUCUUCCCCGGCAUCUCUUGCGAGCUUCGGAACAUGUGUGGAACACGUGCGAAGCCUAAUACAUUAAGCUUUUCAAAGCUGUUGCACUUAGCUUUGAGCAAUAACAUUGUUGCAAAGAACAUAAUUUAUGGAUCAACCGUGUGCCUCGCCAGAGGAGGCACCCGAACCCCGCACGUCCUUCGACUCUUUUUCUUACACAUUUUAAACGAUGUAACCGUAGCUAAUGACAGUGGUGUUUCUUGUUUGUCUUUUUUUACCGAGCCUUUAAACAUAUUACCAUUUUAAAUCUAAGUGAUGUGUUCUAUUCCUGUAAGUUAUUUGAAGAGACGACUUUGCAGAUUUUGCAAGUUGUUUUAGCUACGUUUGUUGUUCUUUUGUUAUUUUGUGAUGAACAAAACUAAAAAUAUGCCUCUCUCUUUCUCUACCUUUUUUCCCCCUUCUUGCCCUUCUUUAAGAGUUAAUCGGGAUAAUUGACGUGCUGAAAGUAUUGAAUUUAUGGCUCGAGUAGAGUGUGUGACUGCUGCGGUGCUGUCACUGCGAAAGAGUGCUUGGAUAGGAGUUAUGUUGUACACUAUUGUGAAAUAAUUUAUCUCCUCAGAGUUUGUAGAAUGUGUAUGAUGCAUACGUAGCAGCACCGUUUGCACAUGAGUGAACAAAUGCAGUGAUGUUGCUCUGAACAUGUAUAUUUCCCUUUCUUUUUUUUUUUUUUCAAAUAAAAUAUACUGCAGCA